AUGACCCUAUCAAGGGAAGAAGGCAAGAAUGCACACCCUUUCUGGUAUGCCCUGGUAUUAUGUGCCUUUCACAUCCGGGUAUUGCAUACUGGACCGCAAGCUCAAAACCAUUUGUCUCAAAGUGUUGAAGUUCUUUGGAUUCAAUGGCUUGGAGCGGAUCCUACUUAUCGCUGGGGCCUUAAAGAAGCAUGCCUACCCAAGGUCGGAUUUGUCCCUGAGACUGAUGACAAUGCUUUUGGCUUCCUCGACCCUUCGCUCAUCAUCCGUGGCUGCCAUCUUAUUCCUGUCUUCUCAGAGGGGCGUUCAAGUGCUCUUCUCAGACAUGGUACUUCACUCGCAAGAUUUCAGCACGAAACAGAUGAUUGGGCAUUCUUUUAUGUAAAUAUUUUUGCAGAUCAGGAUAUGUUUGCACGAUUUGUUGGGAUUGGCAUUGGACACGAGGUCCAUUAUGAAGAUGAGUUGCCUGACAAAGAUGAUGUCGACCCAGUGGAAGACAAUGUUGAGGAUAGUGACAUCAAGGGAGAUGAUACUGAGGAUGAAGAUGGUGAGAGUGACAGCAAUAGCAGUGAGGACAGUAGUAGCAGCACUGCUGAGGAUGUUGAUGUUGAUGUCGAUGAGUUCGUCCUUGGUUCGGUCCAUGGUUCCAAAUUUUGGGCGGACCAAACCAGAAUGAGGUUCAUGGUCCACUGUCUCCCAAAUGGUUCAGACAUAGGUUCAGACCUUCCUGAACCGAAGCUUCCUUGCUGCAUUGGCGAGGCACACACUUAUGGUCAUUUUGACUUCUGGAUCCUCAAGCUUUGCACCAACUUUUGCAUGAUUUCAAAGGCUCUACAGGACAGUUUUUGGACAGUAUCUCUUCUACAUGCAAUGAUUUCUGCAGGAUUCAAGAAAACUCAAAUUAUUUAUAACAAUGGCCUUGUGGGCGCUUUUCAUGAUGCUCGAUUGUGA